ACCUUUGGCUCGUAUUAGAAAAAAAUUAUGAAUGCUAAUCUGAGCACAUUAGUAACUCAGUUUGUGCAAGGUAUUAAGUCGCGUAACGAGGAGGACCGAUUGAAAACGGUAACUGAGUUGUGUAAAGUCGUUAGCAGCGAGCUGAAAGAAGUCUCAAAUAAAAACUAUGUUAUAUGUCUGGAUAUUUUAUGUAACGAAUUUAUCAACAUAUUUUCGAGCGGCGAUGUACAUGAAAAAAAGGGAGCUGUUAUUGCCAUGGGUUGUUUGGCUGAAGUGGACUUUAUGAGUGUUCAUAACCAUUGUCAGCGUUUUGUUAAACUACUGCUCACCCAGUCAAUUACUAAUGAUCUUCAAUUAACAGCAUUGGAGGCCAGACUUAUUGGUCAGUUAGGCUUAGUCUUUCCAUACGAUUUCAUUGAAGAACAAAUUGAGUAUGCCUGUGAUAUAUUGUCAAAAGAUAGCUGUGAUGCAUUAAAACACUUUGCAAUAUUAACCUUGAGAGAACUUAUUCUAAACACUCCAACAAGUUUUUGUCAACAUAUGGGUUCAUUUAUCUCAGCCAUCCUGUCGGCUCUUCGGGAUAAAAAUUCAAUUACACGAGAGUUGGCCAGCACUGCAUUACGUUGUGCAUUCAUUUUAACUGCUAAACGUGAACAACGACGUUACAGAACCUCUCUAGGCAUAGAUUAUAAUCGUAUGGGUGAAUCACCGGGAAGUUUUACAAAUCUUGAGAAUGUUGGGGGUGUUGGCGGUGGCGUCAGUGGAGGAGUAGUCGGCAGUUCUGGUACAUCAUCUGUUUUCAAUCUUGGCAGUGGAAGUACAGUACGUCAUAAAACCAGUCAAAGUUAUACGAAUAAUCCUGUAAAUUUUCAUAAUUUUGAUCAUUAUGCAAUCAAUGAUACAAGUUCAACUUCAUCGCCAUUUAUUUGGUAUCGUGAUUGUUUGAUUGAAGCUUUACGUACACAGAAUGAAGCGAUUACAUUAAUGCAACAAGAACAAUCAAGUCAUAUUUCUAGUCUAAAGAAAUUAAAUCGUGACGAUUGGACACAUGGUAAUCUACUGUUACUGCAAGAAUUACUUGUCUGUGUACAACCACAAUAUGGCAAACUGUUAAUGGAGUUGGAUCAAAUGUGUGGAUUACCAUUAUUUGAAUUUCUUACAAUCAAUCAAAGUGAAGCCAAUCAAGCCUUACGUACUGUGUUAACUGUUCGUUGGCCUAUUGCAAAUGCAUCAUCUAUUCUAGUGGCGAUUGGUGUUUUACCUGGUAGUCCAUUUUAUGCCUCAGAUUCAGAACAGCUACCAAAUAUAGCACUUGAACUACUUGGUUUACGUGAUGGUCUAAAACAGGAACAACAGCAACAUCAUCAUCAACAACAACAACAGUACCAGGCCCAGUACCAUCAACACCAGCACCAGAAUCACCACCAUCAUCAUCAUCAUCAACAACAACAGCAGUAUGGUUGGCAACAUUUUAGUAAUUUUUCAUCAGAAAUUUGUCGUCUUCUUCUACUAGAAAAUAUCGAUAAGAUUUGGGUUUCAAUAUUGUCGUCGAUGAAUUCACGUAAUCAUCAAAUUAUGUUCCUACUGUACAAAUUAAUUCCUCGUUUAAUUGCACUGAAACCGAGUGAAUUUCUAGACUCUGAGCGUCAGCAAGCUGUCAUGGAUUGGAUGUUUCAAUGUCUUCGUAAAGAAAAAGAGAAACCAAUGAUUUUAUUAAAUCUAGCUCUUAUCUGUUAUUUUAUGGGUAGUGAAUUUGCUACAUCGAGUUAUAUAACACAAUUGUUCCAGUCUAUACGUUCAUAUUUACCAACACAAAAAGAUAUUUCAAAUAAGAAACGUUCUCCAGCCUUGGAAACUUCAGCCAUCCUAUCUGUUAGUCUUUUGACUAAAUCACUUGGUCCUUUGGUCAGUGAAUCAGUUACUCAAGUGUUAGAUGCAAUUGUAGCAUCUGGUUUAAAUCAACCUCUCAUCGCUACAUUCAAAAUGAUCGCUACGCAUAUACCAAGAAUGCGAAAAGAAAUUCAGGAUUGUCUUCUGGCUAACAUAAGUCUAGUUUUAAUGGAAAGCACUGGCGGUAGUUUUAAUCAUCUACAUUCAUUUAUCACAAAUAUUGGUAUCGGUGGAAACGAUACUAUUGGUUCCUUCUUUCCAAAUUUGCUGAGUCUUAUCGGUGUUUCAAAUACUUCAUCUACAGGCAGUACUGGAACAAAUUUGUCUAGUUUAAAUCCAUGCUCAGCAAUUAAUGCUAGCAGCAGCACAGGUGGUGGCAUCGGUGUUGCUACUGGAGUAGUAUUGGGUGGCGGCGGUAGUAGUGGCUUAAAUGCCAGUACAAGCCUAUUUCCUUUAUCAAGUGCAACACGUUUCAUCUUUGGUUCAUCUACGAAAAGUCACCACAAUACAAAGUCAACUACUGCUGCUGCGAAUAUCAUCACAGGAUUAAGUGCAACAGCUGCGGAGUUUGCUAAUAUUGCUAUCCCUGGUGGAUCAUCUGCCUCUGGUGGCGAAUCAUCAUCUUCCACGGAUGUUGCUGUUGUAGCGUUAGCUUUAAAAACACUGAGCACUUUCAAUUUUGAAGGUCAUACUCUGGCUCAUUUUGUUCGACAUAUCUGUGAUAAUUUCAUAUCUGUAAGUACUUGUGAAGUGAAAGAGAUUCGAUUGGAAGCUGUUAAAACCUGUGCUCAUUUAAUGAUUCCAUGGUUGAAGUCUACCGAAAUGCAACAGUGGUAUGCUCGACCUGCUUUGAAUACUGUGGCGGAUGUUUUAAGUAAAUUACUAACUGUUGGAACUAGUGAUCCAGAUCCUGAUGUACGACGUUGUGUAUUUCAGUCAUUCGAUCGACGAUUCGAUCCGCAUUUAGCUCAAUCGAAUCAUUUAAAUUAUCUUUUCUUGGCAUUAUAUGAUGAAGUAUUUGAUAUACGUUGUUUAGUAAUGCAACGUCUUGGCCGGUUAGCAGAUAUUAAUCCUGCAUGUGUUCAACCUAAACUACGCAAGGUUGUGCUGCAUACAUUGAACGAUCUUUCUCACAGUGGAUCAACUCGGAAUAAAGAACAAUCCGCCUUACUGUUAGCUUGUUUAAUUGCAUCAGCGCCAAGAUUUUUUAUUCCCUACGCUGAACCGCUGAUACAUAUUUUAUUGCCACGGAUACGUCAAACUUUACCAGCCUCAUUGCAAGCCAGUUUAGCAGUAGCUAAUUUCUCUAGAUUACAAAAUUCUGCUCUUGCUUGUGGCAAUGAUACUGACUCCUCUUCAUCGCUUCUACCAUCUGGAUGUUGUGUUCCAGCAACAAGUACACAUUAUUUAAUGCAAAAUGUUAUUUUAACUACACAGAUAGCUGCUAGCGCUGCAGCGAAUGCAGUCGCCAUAGCAGCUGCUGCUUCCGGCGGUGUCGGUGGUAGUGGGUUAAAUUUUCUACCAAAUACAUCACAACGUACUGGUGCUUCAGCUCGACGUGGUCCUGUUAAUCCUACUGGUGGUAUGAAUCAAGUAGUUGGUCCAGCGCUGGCUGCUGCUGUCAAUGCAGUUGCUAUAGCGACAGGAGCGGCAGCAGCUGCUGCAACUGCCGCUGGAGCUGUAAUUACUGCAACUAAACAACACAGUACUACUGCCAGUGGAGCUUUGAAUGCGGAGUCAAAAGAUGCACUUGGGGGAACAGGAAUGUUUACAAAUUAUGAAUUGAAAUCAAAUGCUGCACCUAUGCAUGAUUUAGCUGCAAUCUCUGAAGGUUUUGGAAAUUUAAAUUUUGGUGGUUUCAAUCAAGAUUUCUGUUUCAAUAAUAACAUCAACAUGAACAUCAACAACAACAAUAAUAAUAAUAAUAACUACUUUAAUUUCCCUCCUGGUGGUUUUCUCCCGCUGACAUAUAUUCCCCCAAAUGUAAUGCCUUUAAUCACUUCAAAGAUAACUGGUUAUGAUCAUCAGUAUUCAUCCGCAGGUGGUGCUCAACUUUGGAAUGAAUUUGGCAUGUCUUUGAGUAGAAUGCAUGAGAAUUCAUCAACUGCUCAAUGGACAGAACCAACACCCGUGAUUAUUGCUUUAUUCACAACACUUGGUCGAUUAGCUGCUGUUGCACCUCGUUCUAUUUAUUCUUUUAUGGAUGAAUUUAUACCAGUCUUAGCUUAUAUGAUGCAGGAUACAUCGUGUUUUUUAAAACGAUCAAUUGCUGUCUGGACGUUAACAAAACUAGUCUCGCAUACUGGUUAUGUUGUUACACCGUAUAAGCGGUAUCCUCAAUUAUUGAAUAUCCUUUUGGGUAUGUUAAAACGUGAAGAAAUCAAGUGUAUUAGACAAGAGGUAUUACGAGCUCUUGGUGUUCUUGGUGCUUUGGAUCCAUUUAAAUUUAAACUAUAUUCCGGUCAAGUGGAUACAUACAGUGAUACAGGAAUCGCUGUCAGUCAUCAUGAAGUUGCUGAACGUAAAGACGUCGACAUCACUCAAUCAGAGCUAGUCAUCAAUCUAUCCUGGGAAAGUCGUGAUGUUUUCUUCUCUGUUUGUGCCCUGUCCGCUUUAAUACAUUCUCUAAGAGAUCCUGCACUUCAUACACAAUACGGGAGUAUUGUACAUACAAUUGUCUAUGUGUUGAAAUUAUUGGGUCCACGUGCAGCCUAUUAUCUACGUCAAUUGAUUCCAGAUUAUUUUCGGUGUUUAGAAAAUACACGUGAUGCACGCUUACAAGAAUUUCUUAUCCGUCAAUUGGGUAGUGUAAUGACAAUUGUACGAUUGCAUACAAAAGAAUUUGCUCAUGAAGUUGUUGAUUUAUUAAUAACACAUUGGUGGAUAGCUCCAAAUGUUCAACGUGCAUGCAUUGCUUUACUUAGUCCAAUGUCAUCUGUUUUGGGUGCUGAAUUUCGCACCUAUCUAACACGUCUUAUUCCAAUAAUUUUGAGAACAUUUCAUCAUGAAUCGAAUGAGUUGAAUUUAAUUGAGCUAUUAGAAAUCCUUCCAGAAUUUGGAUACACCCUGGAAGAUUAUGCUCAUAUACUUGUCCCAUCGAUUGCAAAUCUAGUCGAUAUUACUAAUGAAGCAAGUUUAUCGGUAUUGUUGAAUAGUGCGUUAGAUAAUUCUACAUCAAGCAAUACUUCAUCAUCGCCGACAACAGCGGCAACAGAAACAACAACAACAUCAGCGACACCUGGUGGUGGUGGUGGUGGUGUUUCAUCAACCUCGCAUAUUAUUGAUUCAAAUCUGCUUAAUUUGUCCACUAUUUUCAGUAAUGUUUCAGACGCCACUGGUAAUAUCUCUACAAAUGAUUCAACACUAGGCGGAGUUCAAUCGACAACAACAAAUUCACCGAAUACUCUUAAUAAUGCCUUAUCAGCAUCAAGCAGUUUAAAUCAAAAUCUAAUUGUUGGUGGUAAGGUGGGCAGUGUACAUCUACGUAAAGCCUGUCUGGAGUGUUUAGCUCGAUUUACUGAUUGUGUUGAGCUGGGUGAUUUUGCUGGACAAAUCAUACAUCCAGUUUGUCGUUUACUCCUAACAUUAGAAUCAUGUCAUCAAAGUUUUCAACAACUCAUGCAUCAACAUCACCAUCAUCAUUCGUCAUCUUCAUCAUCGGUGAAGUCAACUGCCUCAUUAGGCAGUCAAGCUUGUUUAAAUGCUAUCAAUCAGUUACGUGUCCCGGCUAUGGAUGUAUUAACUGGUCUGUUGUAUCGUAUGGGACAGCGAUUCAAGUAUUUUUUACCAUUAGUACAAAAAAUGCUUAAUCGAUUGCAUUUGCAUACGCCAAGAUUUAAUACUGUACUUGGUCAGAUUGAAAAAGGAGCAUUUCUACCGACAAGCAGUGAUCGUGCAUAUAUCAAGUUUACCAGUAUAUCAACUCGGAAACGUGAAGAGAAAGAAACUAUCGAAGAUUCAGAAGCACCUGGAGCUAUUAAACUGUUAAAAAUCAAUAAUACUAAUUUAGAACGAGCAUGGCAUGCUUCUCGAAUGGUUAGUCGUGAUGAUUGGACCCAGUGGUUGAAAACAUUCAAUAUGGCUUUAUUAAGAGAAUCACCAAGUCCCGCCAUUCGUGCUUGCAGUCAACUGACUGCUAUUACACCGGGAAUUGGACGCACUUUAUUCAAUGCUGCAUUUCUUAGUUGUUGGCCUGAAUUAAAUUAUCGUCAACAAGAUGAUUUAAUCAAUACACUGGAACGUGUCCUACGGAUACCGGAUCAAUCACCAGAAGUCAGUCAAACUAUUUUAAAUUUGGAAGAAUUUAUGGCACAUAUGGAUAAUCAUUCUAGUUCAUCACAUCGAGUUCAUUUACCCCUACCUUUGGGUGUUUUAGCUGAUAGAGCAUUGAAAAAUCGUGCUUAUGCUAAAGCAUUAUAUUAUAAAGAACAAGAAUUUCUUAUGGAAUCUGAAAAACGUUCAUGUCCUAGUCCAGCAACAUUAUCAUCUUUAUUAACGAUAUAUAGUAAAUUAAAUUUAGAAGAAGCAGCUAAUGGUGUCCUGCUAUAUGCUACACGUAGUACACAAGAUAAAUUGGCGAAUGAAGAAAUCUGGAGAGAGAAAUUACACGAUUGGAAGUGUGCUCUAAAUUUGUACGAACGUAAAUUAGAAGAUGAUCGUAUCAAGGAUAAAAGUUCUUUGAUUCUUGGUCGAAUGAGAUGUCUUCGCGCCUUAGGUCAAUGGGCUCCGCUAAAUAAUAUGGCAUGGGAACGUUGGGAUAGUGUUAACGAUCAAAUGCGUGUAUUUAUGGCACCGUUGGCUUGUAGUGCAGCAUGGGCGCUUAAUUCAUGGGAUCGUGUAGAACGUUAUGCUGAGGCGUUAUCAGCUGAUAAUAGUUUUGAUGGUGCAUUCUAUAGAGCUGUGCUAAAUAUUCACUCUGGACAAUAUGCUAAAGCCUGUGAAUUUAUCAUGAAAGCACGCGAUGUCCUGGACUCCGACCUGACAGCAAUGGCUGAAGAAAGUUAUGAUCGAGCUUAUGCUGAUUUAGUUGGAACUCAAUUGUUAUCUGAAGCAGAAGAGGUGAUACAGUAUAAAUUAAUGCCAGAACAACGUCCAAUACUUCGUGAAGCCUGGCAAUCACGUCUACUUGGUUGUAAUACUGUAGUAGAAGAUUGGAGUCAAAUUAUUCAACUGAGAAGUUUAGUACUAGAACCAUUUGAAGAUCGUAAAUCAUGGUUACGUUUUGCUGGACUUUGUCGUCGUAGUGGUCGUUUCAUUUUAUCCCGUCAAGUAUUAGAAAAUCUCCUAGGUUUAGAUCCAGCUGGUAUACCACCGAGUGAUCCAAUUCCUAGUCGUGAUCCUGCUAUUGUAUUUGCCUAUUCUAAAUUAUUAUGGGCAGUUGGUGCACAUGAAGAAGCUGUCAGCCGAUUGUGUGUAUUAAAAACACAAGUUUUAGAACCAUUAAUUAAAGGUGUUGGCAGUGGUGAUGAUACAGUCAAUGCGUGUGGAUUGAUGAAUACAACUAUUGGACAACAACAACAGCAACAACAACAACAACAGCAGUUUUGGUCUCCAAAUUUAAUCAAUUCAAAUGAAAUAUUUGAUAGUUGGGAUUUAAAAAAUCUCAGUAAUCAUGGAAAUAAUAAUAAUAAUAAUGAAGAGUUAAGAAAACUAUUGGCCAAAUGUUGUCUUAAAUUAGGCUUAUGGUACUCAGAGUUGUAUACGCGUUCGCCACCUGGGAGUAGUAGUAGUGGUGUAGGUCAUCAAACAGACAAUCAUUCAUUAACUAUACCACCACCUCCAACAGCCUCCUCAUCGUCGUCAUCUUCUUUGUUCAUGACAGCAUCGCAUAAUAAUAAUAAUGGUUUACAGUAUUCUGUAGCAGCUGCUCGUAAACUAUCAAAAGUUAAUAAUAGUAAUAAUAAUAAUAUUACCAACAGUAAUGAUCCACAUUUAUCCAUUAAUACAAAUGAUACUGUCGUUGUUGAUAUGCAUGAAUCAAAUAGUCGUAAUAAUACUAUGCAUAAUGCAAAUAUUACACAAACAUGGGAAGAAUGUCAAGCAUUUGUUAUACAGUGUUAUCAAACAGCUACGCUAUAUGCACCAGAUAAUCAUAAUGCUUGGCAAUCAUGGGCUAUGGCUAACUAUGCUGUAUUCAAUCAUUUAGAUACAUUGAAAGCGUGUUUAGAACGAGCUGAAUUAGAAUUGAAUAAGGUUGGUGGUGGUAUUGAAAAUCAAAAUCUACGAUCAUCAUCUCGAUGUAAUUUCUCAUCACCGGCUGCUGGUGGUAGCCAUGGGUCGAAUGCUUUGAAUUUAUCUGGUGGAGGUGGCGGUAUUGGUAAUGUCUCAUCAUCAUUACCACAACCAAUAGCAGAGUUGGUUCGUGCAAAAGCUGAUUUACAACGAUGUAUGGAGUUGCAUGCUGCUCCAUCUGUUCGAGGUUUUGUGAACUCCAUCAGCUUAUCACCAACAGCAAAUCUACAGGAUAGUUUACGUUUAAUCAAUCUAUUGUUUAAAUUUGGUCAUUUAUUUGAAAUACGUGAAGUAAUCCGUGAAGGUUUAACAAAAAUUCGACUAGAUAAUUGGUUACUUGUGAUACAACAAUUAUUGGCGCGUAUUGAUACACCGAUAGAAUAUGUUGCGAAUAUUAUUGUUGAUUUAUUAAUCUCUGUUGGUAGACGCUAUCCUCAGUCAAUGGUUUAUCCAUUAGUUUUAUCCUUCAAGUCGGGUGGAUCAGAUCGUCGCCGGUAUAAUGCUAACCGGAUAUUGUAUAGUAUGGAGGAACAAAAUUCACGCUUACUAUCAGAAGCAUUUUUGUUAAAUGAAGAACUAAUACGUUUAUCCAUCACAUGGGUUGAAAUGUGGUCUGAAUCCCUAGAAGAUGCAAGUCGUGUUUAUUUUGUUGAAAAAGAUAUUGCAAAAAUGUUCCGUCUACUUCAUCCGUUGCAUCAAAUGAUGGAUCGUGGGCAUGAAACAAUUCAUGAGGCAACAUUUCUACAAGAACACGGUAAUGAUUUGGCUGAAUGUCGUUUAUGCUGUGAACAUUUUGAAAAAUCUCAGGCUAAAAUUGAUUUACAAAAAGCUUGGGAAGGUUAUUAUACUCUGUAUAGACGUUUUUCUAAACAAGUCAAUAAUAUGACUACCUUAGAAUUAACUGUAGCCUCUCCUCGUCUUCGUGAUUAUGGACAAGAUUGGCAGUUAGCUGUACCUGGCACUUAUGAACCCUAUCGCCCGUUAGUUCGUAUUUCAAGUAUUAAAAAUUGCUUGAAUUUCAUUACAUCAAAACAACGUCCACGUAAACUUACAAUCAUGGGCUCUGAUGGGCAUCAGUAUGUAUUUUUAUUGAAAGGACAUGAAGAUACACGUCAAGAUGAACGUGUUAUGCAAUUUUUCGGUCUUGUAAAUACUCUACUAAUCAAUAAUCCAGAAACUCUACGUCGUAAUCUAACUAUCCAACGAAUGUCUAUCAUCCCGUUAUCCACAUACACUGGAUUAAUUGGUUGGGUGCCGAAUAGUGAUACUUUUCACAAUUUAAUCCGGGAUUAUCGUGAAAAAGCUGAUGUUGUACUGAAUAAAGAAAAUCGUGAAAUGCUUCGAUUAGCUCCAGAUUUUGAUCGUCUUAAUGUUAUCCAAAAGACAGAAAUAUUUGAAGCUGGUUUAAGAGAAUCACCUGGUCGAGAUUUAGCUAAUAUAUUAUGGUUAAAAAGUCAUAGUUCUGAAGCAUGGUUUGAGCGUAGAACUACUUUCACUCGAUCAAUGGCGACAAUGUCAAUGGUUGGUUAUGUUUUAGGCUUAGGCGAUAGACAUCCAUCGAAUAUAAUGUUGUCUCGUGAAACGGGCAAAGUGAUACAUAUUGAUUUUGGUGAUUGUUUUGAAGUGGCUACACUACGAGAGAAAUUUCCAGAAAAAGUACCAUUUCGAUUAACACGUAUGAUAAUUGCUGCUAUGGAGGUGACAGGAAUUGAUGGUGUCUAUCGUCAUACCUGUGAAAUGGUUAUGUCACUUAUGCGAUCUAAUCGUGAAAGUCUUCUAGCCGUCUUAGAAGCAUUCAUUCAUGAUCCAUUAUUACAAUGGGUACUACAUGAAAAUCGCAAAGAAUUCAAUCAUUUAGAGAAUAAAUUAGAUGAUGGCGGAGGGGCAGGAGCAGGUGGAGGAGGCGCUUUAGCAGUCGGUGGAGGAGCAGGUGGUGGUCAAGUUUAUCCAACUGGUCAAAUGAAUGCCAAUGCUACAGGUAUCGCAGUUGCAGCUGCUGCUGCAAUGGCGACAAAUUGUCUAACAGCUGGCGGUGGUGGUGGUGCUGGUGGGGGCGCCGGUGGUCAAGCUGGCUUAGGAACUAAUAAUCAAGUCGUUCAACCAAAACCACAAACUAAUCGUAAUUUGGACUAUGCAUAUAGACAUGGACUACUUACUCAUCAUCAGAAUACGCCUCAUCGUGUAAUCGAUAAAACUACUGGUCAACAAAUUCCUCAAGGACACUGUCAUCCACAACAAUUACAACAUCAACCAUCGACUCAACAGCACGCCAAUAGACGAAUGAAUACAUCGAAAAAGGUGUUUACUAAUCCAAAUCAUCCAGACAGCGUUUCAUUACGUGAUCCACAAAAAGUUAAUCCAUGGCGUCAUCAUUUAUGUAAUGGACCAUGGUUUGGUUGUUAUGAAACUGCUAAACGUUUAAGAAGGCAAACAGAAUCUGGUCACAUUGUCAUUGAACGCCAUGGACUACAAGGUUUCAUCUUCUCAGCUAAGCCUCCAAGUACAGAGGAUUCAUCGAUAGAUUCAGAAGUUCAACCGGUGACAUUGGGUAAUGUACGUGCACGUUCAGUAAUGGAGAGAAUUCGACAAAAAUUGACAGGUACAGAAAGAGAUCAGCUGAUGAGUGUAUCUACACAAGUUGACUUUUUAAUACGUGAAGCAACAUCAAAUCAAAAUUUAUGCCAAAUGUAUAUAGGCUGGUGUGCCUUCUGGUGAUGCUACUCUACUGUAUUACAAAUCGAUAUUUCUAUUUGAUUUUAUAAUUAUCAUUGUUAUUAUCACUUUAACUUACUUAUAUAUUGUGAACUAUUGAAAUUCUAAAGAACAUUUAAAAAAAAGGAUAAAUUGAUUUCUAUAUCACACUUAUUUUGUUGUUGUUAUUAUUAUUAUUAUCAUUAUUGCUAUACUUGUACAGUUUCAAUAAGUGAAUAAAAAAGUAAUUAAAAAUUAAAAAAA